UUCCAGGCCGUACACGCCGCGGAACCGGCAGAUAGGCUGACACAGCACCUGGGCCGUGCAGGCCUGCGGCUCCACUCUGCGCUCUCGCAACACUUUAGGAAGCUCUGGGUAGUGAGGGCCGUAGUGGGGGAGAAUUGAAGGUGGAGAAUCCAGGCUUGUCUGGUAUGAGCAGGUAACAUCUAAAGGAACUGGUUUAAAUCCUAAUGCCAAAGUAUGGCAAGAAAUUCCUCCUGGAAAUAGUGAUGCCACUCAAGUAACUCAUGGAACUGAAAGCUCUUGGCAUGAAACAGCAGCCACAUCAGGGUCUCAUCCUGAGGGUAAUACAGAGCUUUCAGAUGAUAUGUGUAAGGAAUAUGAAGUAAUGUAUUCAUCUUGUGAAACCACCAGAAAUACAAUAAGCAUUGAAGAAUCAACUGAUGGAAUGAUUUUAGGGCCAGAAGAUCUGAGUUAUCAAAUAUAUGACAUUUCUGGAGAAAGUAAUUCAGCAAUUUCUACAGAAGACCUAAAAGAAUGUCUGAAGAAACAAUUGGAAUUCUGUUUCUCCCGAGAAAAUUUGUCAAAGGAUCUUUACCUGAUAUCUCAAAUGGACAGUGAUCAGUUCAUACCAAUUUGGACAGUUGCCAACAUGGAAGAAAUUAAAAAGCUGACCACAGACCCUGAUCUAAUUCUUGAAGUGUUGAGAUCUUCUCCUAUGGUACAAGUUGAUGAAAAGGGCGAGAAAGUGAGACCUAGUCAUAAGCGUUGUAUUGUGAUUCUUAGAGAGAUUCCUGAAACAACACCUAUAGAGGAAGUUAAAGCUUUGUUCAAGAAUGAAAACUGCCCAAAGGUGAUAAGCUGUGAGUUUGCACACAAUAGCAACUGGUAUAUCACUUUCCAGUCAGACACAGAUGCACAGCAGGCUUUUAAAUAUUUAAGAGAAGAAGUUAAAACAUUUCAGGGCAAGCCAAUCAUGGCAAGGAUAAAAGCCAUCAAUACAUUUUUUGCUAAGAAUGGUUAUCGAUUAAUGGAUUCUAGUAUGUAUAGUCAGCCCAUUCAAACUCAAGCACAGUAUGCCUCACCAGUUUUUAUGCAGCCUGUAUAUAAUCCUCACCAACAGUACUCGGUCUAUAGUAUUGUGCCUCAGUCUUGGUCACCAAAUCCUGCACCUUACUUUGAAACACCACUGGCUCCCUUUCCCAAUGGUAGUUUUGUGAAUGGCUUUAAUGCACCAGGAUCUUAUAAAACAAAUGCUGCUGCUGUGAAUAUGCCUCGACCAUUCCAAAAAAAUCGUGUGAAGCCUCAUUUCAGGUCAUCGAGUGGUUCAGAACACUCGACAGAGGGGUCCGUGUCACUGGGGGAUGGACCAUUAAACAGAUCUGGUUCAAGGAACUUUACAACUGAGCGGCAUAACCCUACAGUAACAGGGCAUCAGGAGCAAAGCUACCUUGCAAAAGAAACUCCUACUAUACAGAUGGAACAGAAUGGGGACUAUGGUAGGGGCAGGAGAACUCUUUUCAGAGGUCGAAGACGACGAGAAGAUGAGAGAGUCCAGAGACCCCCGUCUUCAUCAGCUGAAGCAAAGGCUCCAACACCAAAGUUUGACUUACUAGCCUCAAAUUUUCCUCCUUUACCUGGAAGUUCAUCGAGAACUCCAGGUGAACUUGUUUUGGAGAGUAGGAUGUCUGAUGUUGUUAAAGGUGUCUACAAAGAAAAGGAUAAUGAAGACUUGAGAGUUAGUUGUCCAGUGCCUGCAGAGGCUGAACAGACAGACUGCACCUCUGCCCAGCAACUCAGUAUGAGUACCAGUCCUCCAUGUACAGCUGAGCUUCCUGCAUUAAGCACAACUCAGCAAGAAAAGGAUCCAGUAGAGGAUUCCACUGUUCAAAAGGAUGUUCUCAACCAGACAACUAUACCAGUUUCUUCCCCAAGUAGUGCAAAGCCAUCAAGGACAAAUAGUACUUCACCAUGUAAUAGUAACAUAAAUGCACCUGUAGCUGUGGCCCUACAGGAACCCCGAAAGCUAAGUUAUGCUGAAGUGUGCCAGAAGCCCCCUAAAGAGCCAUCUCCAGUUCUUGUGCAGCCACUGCGAGAACUUCGCUCCAAUGUAGCCUCUCCCACCAAAAACGAAGAGAAUGGAGCUCCUGAGAAGUCCAUUGAGAAAUCACAUGAGAAGCCAGAAGCAAGGGCUAGUAAGGAGUAUUCUAGCUUCCGAGGCAAUACCAUUCCCAGGGGAGCAGCUGGAAAAAUCAGGGAACAGAGACGCCAGUUUGGCCAUAGGGCUAUACCUCAGGGAGUGACUCGACGUAAUGGCAAAGAGCAAUAUGUGCCACCCAGAUCACCAAAGUAAAGAAACAAACAAAAAACUAUUCAAAAACUUCUCUCUCUUCCCAUUAAACUUGAGCCGUGGCUAUACUGAACUGUUCUGGAGGGGAGGGGGUAGCCAGGAAGGAAACAGGAGAAAAGUGUCUGUCCUUUAAAUCAUUAUGGAUUUUGGAGUUGUAAGCAGUAGAAUCCCAAAAUUCAUCUCUAAAGUGAUUUUAAAAUGCUGGAGGAUUCCAAUCAGUAUAAAUAUAUAUAUAUAUAUGUAUACAUAUAUAAAAAUAUAAUUUUUCUAUUUUUGUUUUUGAUUUUAAUUUGCAGAGAUCUUCUGCCUAGAAUCAAUUUUGAGGGUUCAGAUUUAGCUUGAAAAAAAAAAAACAUAUUACACAUCCUUCAGUACAGGAGAUGAGGGAGUGAGAGAAAAUAUUUUUUGAAGAAACAUUUCUGUAAAAUUAGAAAUUACUUUUUUUAAUCUAUUUAAAGUUUGGCUUGGAGAAUGCCAUCUCUGCCUAUAUGGCCUUGUGUUGCAAAGCAGAUCAGUGGCUAGGAUGCCUGUUGUGUGAGUGUGUGCAAGAGUGAUUGAAGCCAAAUCUGUUGUCAUGUUAGUAAAUGAUUUGAAAACUGAAUGUAAUACUUGAGUAGAUUUUUUUUUCCAUUUUGAAAUUCAGUCUGUCUUUUUGACCUUAAUAUUUCAUUCAACAAGCUGUUAAGCUCUGAUUGUACUUAGAGAUGUGACUGUCAAUCAGUUUGAUACUCAAGGAAAGAAAGGGGGUUAUUCAAAAAAUCAAAAAUUUGUUUUAGGUCUGAGUGGAUAGGUCAAAUGGACUUCAGAGGUUUAAACUGCUUUGUGAUUUCCUGCCCCACCCCACCCCUAAAAUAGGAGACAGGUUUUUUUGUUACUUCAUUGUCAUUCUCUGUUCUUUGACUACCCACCCCCAAAAGCAAAAUAACCAACAUCUUACAGAAUUGUAUGUUUCUAAUUGCCUUGACAGUUUAGUCAAAUCAUAUAACUGUUCUAAUCUCCGAUUGAACAUUGAAGUAGUUUACUCUUCUGUUCAUGUAUUUAGAACUUUAGAUCCCAGAAUGGUAGGUCAGACUGACCCUACAGUAAUUUAUUUGUGUUCGUGUUAAAGAUGAAACAUUGUAACUGAUUUCUUAAAGUGUUAAGUAGUGUAGAAGUAAAAAA